AAGCUCAAACCACCAAUAAUCUUCUCGACCUAUUAUCACUUGAAGGAAUACAAGCUCUAAAACAAUUCUUGAAAAUUUGGAAAAAUAGUAAUACUAUGAACAAUAUUAUAGAAAUAUCUGGUCAAAAUAUUUCUAUUAUUCAUGAAGAUGGAUCAAAAAUAACAAGCCUAAUUGAAGAUAUUAUCCAACAAUCAACAGAAAGUAUUGAUACAAUGCUUCAAAAUUUUGAAUCUCUUGAAAUACCAAAUAUUCAAGAAAAUGUUGAAAUAACAGAAGUCCCCUUAGAAGAAAACA